UCAAUGUAAACCAUUGGUCGUGGCUCCAGACUCCGGUUCAGACCCCACUCUUCCCUAGUAAAUCCCUUCACUUUACACAAUACACUUUACAGGGCACCUCUGGUUGGAGCCCAGUACUCCAGGAGGUUCUAAUAGUUCUAAACUGAAAACAAGAAAAUGCAGAAAAGAUGAAAACCCUAGAAGUUCAUUGUCUGACAAACUAGAGUAGUCGACCUAUGAUUGAUUCUUCUCCGAAGUAUAGCGGAGAUCUAACCUGAAACCGGAUGUAGAGGGGAUCUAAUCUGAACCCGAAAGUAGAGGAGAUUUGAUCUAAACCCGGAAGUAGAGAAGAACUGACCUGAAUCCAGGAGAAGAAGAGAUCUUACCUGAACCUGGAAGUAGAGCAGAUCUGACCGGAACCCGGAAGUGGAGAAUUUCUGACCUAAACCCAGAAGUGGAGAAGAUCUGACGUGUACCCGGAUGUGGAGAAGAUCUGACCGUAAUUCGGAAGUGGAGAAGAUCUGACCUGAACCCGGAAGUAGAGAAGAUCUCACCUGAACCCGGAAGGAGGGGAGAUCUGACCUGGAUUCGAAAGUAGAGCAUUUUUGACCUAAACCCGGAAAUAGAGAAGAUCUGACCUGAACCUGUAAUGUACAGGGUUCAAAUAAUUAUUUUUCUUCUUAGUUUACAUUCAGUACUAUGUGAUAUUCCAAAAUGCAAUCACAACAAUAUGGGAGACCAUCCUUUCUGUAUACCAUCAGAAUAUAAUAAGGAUGUUAUUCCCCCGACUCCAGAUGGACCACUUGAAGUCUUUGUUGAUAUCUUCAUUUUUGAGGUUUCAAAAAUAAACGAUAUCGCGUUAACGAUGACCUUCGAGCUGUACUUUGACUUGAUGUGGGAGGAAUCAAGAUUUGUGAUAAACCAAACCUCUGAUAAAUGGGGGAAGGAUGGAAGUUUUAUGGGAUCUACAAACUUUGUAAAAUCCCUUUGGUUGCCAGAUAUUCAGAUCUAUAAAUGUAAACAGUUUAAGAAGAGGGAGAUUGUAACUGAUGUUGCUGGUUUAAUAGUCUGGAAGGAUCGAAAACUACUGUAUACUGUAUCAACAGAAGUAGUCGUUGACUGCCCCAUGAAGUUUAGUGCCUACCCCCUGGAUCAUCAGCGAUGUAAGUUCCUUGUAGGUUCAUACAUACACGAUAAUACUCAGAUUAGUUUCUCUGGGAAGUUUGUACAUGAUAUAGAGAACCAGCGAGCUCAGCAGUACAUGAUAAACUGUACAGAAUUAGAUCCAGCAGAUAAAGUUAUAUAUUGGGCUAACAGAACAUACUGUCAAACCGGUUUCCAGGUUGAUCUUGUGAGAAGAAGAACUCCUGUUCUACUCCAGGUGUAUCUACCCUCUGGUAUGUUUGUGGUGGUAAGCUGGAUAUCCUUUAUAGUUCCUCCUGAAGUUGUCCCAGGACGAAUGGCUCUACUGGUAACUCUAUUCCUUGUCCUGGUGAAUAUAUUCAACUCUGUUACUGCUAACGCUCCGAAGGCGGAGGGCCUGACAGCUGUAGAAACUUGGGUAGUUUCCUGUAUUAUCCACGUGUUUGGAGUUCUAGCUGAGUACGCUCUCAUACUCAAAAUAAUCCAAUCUGAGAAGAGGAGAGAUGCAAAAUCAAGAAGAUCUUUUCUCAAGGCUCUCAGUAGUUUAAACAGUUCUAACUCCAGCCACCAAACUGAGAAAUCAAAUGGAAAAACAAUCCGGAGAGAUUUAGUAGGAGGAGGAGGUAUGAGCACAAAUAUUGAAGAAAUAUUUGAAACAGACCAGCAGUACACCAACCAGCAGUACGCUGACCAGCAGUACACCAACCAGCAGUACGUAGACCAGCAGCACGCAGAUAAUGUUUUAGCUGAAAAGAAGCACACAGAGUUAGAAAGACAAUGGAAAGUACAGCAAAGAGAAAGUCGAUGUGUCCGGGAGAAGAUCCAGAUGGCGUAUGAACGAGUUGACCGGCUAGCAAUGUAUCUGUUUCCAUUCUUCUUCUUCGUUUUUAACAUCCUCUACUGGACAUAUUACCUCAUCAUCGUUAAUAUAUUCGGCCUCAGCUUGUUCUAGAUCUUUUUCUAGAGAUAUAUCAGGAUAUUCUGUUCUAGAUAUAUAUCAGGAGAUCUUGUUCUAGAGAUAUAUCUAGAGAUCAUGUUCAAGAGAUAUAUCAGAAGAUCUUGAUCUAGAGAUGUAUCGGGAGAUCUUGAUCUAGAGAUAUAUCAGGAAAUCUUGAUCUAGAGAUGUAUCUAGAGAUCUUACUCUAGAGAUAUAUCUAGAGAUCUUUCCUCCCUACAGAUAUAUCAGGAGAUCUUGAUCUAAAGAUGUAUCAGAGAUCAUACUCAAGAGAAAUAUCUAGAGAUCAUUCUCCAGAUAUAGAGCUGGAAAUUUCAUUCAAGAUUAAGAUAUAUCAGCAGAUCUUAAUCUAGAAAUGUAUCACGAGAUCUUGUUCUAGAUAUACAUAUCAGUAGAUUUUCUCUAGAAAUAUGUCAGAAGAGGAGAUCUUUCUCUAGAUAUAUUUAGGAGAUCUUGAUAUAGGGAAAUAUGAGAAGAUCUUUCUCUAAAGAUAUAUCAGGAAAUCUUUCUCUAGAUAUAUAUCAGGAUAUCUUUCCCGAGAGAUUUAUCAGAAGAUUUUUCUCUAGAAAUAUAUUAGGAGAUCUUGAAUUAGAGAUAUAUCAGGAGAUAUUGAUCUAGAGAUAUAUCAAGAGAUCUUUCUCUAGUGAUAUAUUAGGAUAUCUUGAUCUAGAGAUAUAUCUAGAGAUCUUUUUCUAGAGAUAUAGAAUAAAUAUUUUAAAACAUAUUCAUAUAUAUUUCUAGAGAUAUAGAGAUCUUUCUUUAGCGAUAUAUAAUAAUUAUAUCUUGAAUUUUGAACUUUUCUAGUAUGUUUAAGAAAUAACUUUCUGGAUUGUAGGAAAGGUUUAUUUCUAAAAGUUCUGGAAUGUCUCACAACAUAAGUCAUGAAUAAUGAACACAUAUAUCUUAAUACUUCUACCAAAAAAAAUAUAUUUUAAACUGUAUGCACUAUGUAUAUUCUAUAACUAUUUCUAAUUUGAAAUUCGGUGCUCUAUUGUCCAAGAAUACAACAUUUUUGCAAGCAACUUGAUAAUCAUUUUAGGUAAAUCUAAGGAACCCAACAACUCAAUAUAGAUCUACAAAAUUUAUCUCUGGAAAUAAACAAAACUCAGUAAAAGUAAAUUUUCUGUAUCUUUUUGUUUGAUGAUGUGAAUAAUAAUACGUAAGGUAAUUGAGUUGUUGCCAUAAACUCUAAUUUUGUAAUCUCUAUAUUUUUGCAACAGCUUUUUCAACAGUAAACCCUGUUAGAUUAAGUAGUCAAAGUUUGAAAUAUCAAAGGUUUACACCAUCAUGUUGCAAAGAUAAAGGCAUUCAACAAUUUUAGUUUGUGGCAAAAGCUUAGUACCUUUGUUUCACAUCAUAGACUUUUGUUCUUUAAUUUCUAUCGAAUGGACUUCUGUUGAUUUGCUGUUUUCAUAAAAUGUAUACAAUGGUAGAAAACAGUAGAAAACGUUUCAUAUUUUAGACUUGCACGCUUGUUUGUUAAAUAUUUACAACUGCAGCACAAGGAGCACAUGCUUAAUGACGCAAACUCUGAUCCAAGCUGAUUGAAGGAAAAUGACACGUUUAAAAAUGAUUUACUAUACUUUUUUUCUGGCGUGGUCUAAGUUAGCUCAAAGCGUAGCAGAAAUUAUAUCAAAGGAAUUGAGUCUUUGUCACAAACUAUGAUUUUCUAAUCUCUAUAUCUUUGUAACCCAAUGCCGUAGA